AUGAGUCUGCUCUUCAGCGUGAUGGUCGUGCUGCUCACGUUUCCUUUCGGGAAGACGUUUGUUCUUCAUAGUUCACCUCAGACAUCUGCCGUGCAAACCGACAGAUGCAAAGGAGAUCUGGACAUCAGGAAAUUCCUUCUGGAAUCUUUAAAUCUUCAGCAGGAGCCCCGUGUAUCCGUGUCGGGGAUGGAUCAUCUGCGUGAUCAAUGGAAAAUCGCUUUCAAAACCACCAUUCAAUCCACCGCAGGUAAUUCAUCAUCGCUGGAGGAUUCUGGAAACAUGACAGAACCGAAGUGCUGCACACAUUCCUCACAGGUGUUCAUUACAGAUUUGGGUUGGGAGCACUGGAUCGUUUAUCCGGAGAGUUUCACCUUCACUCAAUGUAAAUCCUGUUCUCACAACACGGAUCCGUCCGCACAGUGCUGUAAGCCGAGCGCUCACAACAUCAUCCCGUUUGUCUACAUGGACGAACGGAGCAGUUUGGUUCUGUCCUCUGUGAGUCUGAUCCGCACAUGUGCCCGUGACCCUGGAGAGGACAUGCAGGACCCUGAGGUCAUGACCCCUUCCUAAAAAAGCAUCCAGCUUCUUCAUUGAUCAUCUGUGUGAUAAAACAGUUAAAAGCUUGUAGGAUCUGUAGGUUAAAAAGCUUGGCAAACUUAUUUUGGCUGAAAUACUCGAGGUUUAUGAAAAUGUCUUUACAUUUUACUCUUGCUGCUGUUGGGAGGUCAGACAUAGACACGUGAUGAACUCAAAUUCUGAACUGUUGUGGGUUUUGAGGGGUGUGUUCCAAAAAAUGAAGUGGAAAAAUACAUUUUGAAAGUUCUCAGAAGAUAAUGUUCUCAA